GCACCGCCACCUCCUCGCCAACUAGCAAGCCUCGUGCUCUCCGCCGCCGCCGCCUCGAGGCCUCCGCCCGCGGGCCUCCCGAAGCUCCCGGAACCUUCGGAGGGGAGGCCGCGUCCCCCUCCCUCGGGGCAAUGCAGAGCGCGGCGGCCGUCGGGCUCAUCCGGCCAUGCGCCGCGCGGCCUGUCGUCGGUUGCCCUGGCCCGCGCCGCGGCGUCGGCGGACUCCGCCAGCCGCUCCUCCCGCCCCACGGCCUCCGCCUCUCCGCCCGCAUUGGGCUCGUGCCGGCCUCGCCUCUGGAGGAGGAGGAGCAGAGGCUUAGCGGGAGGGCCUGCCGGCACGUGGCGGCGGCGGCGGCGGCCGGGAAGGUAGGUGCUGAAGGGGAGGAGGAUGGAGGGCUCGCGAAGACGCUGCAGCUGGGGGCGCUCUUCGGCCUCUGGUACCUCUUCAACAUCUACUUCAACAUCUACAACAAACAGGUUCUGAAGGUUUUGCCGUACCCAAUAAACAUCACAACAGUGCAGUUUGCAGUUGGAACUUUCAUUGCGUUGUUCAUGUGGAUCACUGGUAUCCUUAAAAGACCAAAGAUUUCUGGUGCACAGCUUUUGGCUAUCCUUCCUUUGGCUGUUGUCCAUACCAUGGGCAAUCUUUUCACAAACAUGAGCCUUGGAAAAGUUGCAGUGUCAUUUACACAUACUAUCAAGGCCAUGGAGCCUUUCUUUUCGGUUCUCCUAUCAGCAAUCUUCCUUGGCGAGUUGCCUACUCCUUGGGUUGUAUUAUCUCUUCUUCCAAUUGUUGGUGGUGUGGCAUUGGCAUCUCUUACUGAGGCUUCUUUUAACUGGGCUGGAUUUUGGAGUGCAAUGGCUUCAAAUGUAACCUUCCAGUCAAGAAACGUUCUGAGCAAGAAGCUUAUGGUGAAGAAAGAGGAAUCUCUGGACAACAUUAAUCUCUUCUCAAUCAUUACAGUCAUGUCAUUCUUUCUCUUGGCCCCAGUAACCUUACUAACAGAAGGUGUCAAAGUCAGCCCUACAGUUUUGCAGUCUGCUGGCUUGAACUUAAAACAGAUAUACACGAGAUCGUUGAUUGCUGCGUUCUGUUUCCAUGCGUACCAACAGGUGUCAUACAUGAUCCUCUCUAGGGUGUCCCCAGUCACCCAUUCAGUGGGCAACUGUGUCAAGCGUGUGGUGGUCAUUGUGACUUCCGUUCUGUUCUUCAGGACCCCUGUUUCUCCUAUCAACUCCCUCGGUACCGGGGUCGCUCUAGCGGGAGUUUUCCUAUACUCACAGUUGAAGAGACUUAAGCCCAAGCCCAAGGCUGCUUGAUCACAUUUUCGGGGGAACUGUAGAAGUUCUGCCACGCCGUCGGAGUGACUAGUGGGUGCCUUAGUUUAGAACGAUAUAUCUAGAGAAAUCCCCUUCGGUUUGCUACCACUUCAUCAGAUCUUUUGUGAUUUAAUCACUCGUUUUUUUUGAACCGUUUAAUCGAUGUAUUAAUAAAAUUUGCUGCGGUGCCACUUUUCUCGUGCUUC